CCGCUGCACCCACUGGUUUCCAUCACCAUGGUCAGUCACAUAUCGAGGAACUCGUAAUACGAGAAGACCCCUCGAAUCUUGGCGACGUGCACGGAGAAACCGGUGGUAUGCUGCUCGGUUUCUCCAAUUACAAUGGGCAUUUCGAUCUCCACGCUGGUAUAAGCACACGCGAGAAGCUGCUUCCACCUUCCACCUCUCAUCGUAGCUCCCCGGUGCCAGCCAUGCAGGCCUCUUCGCUCUCUCUCUGUCGCUGCCUCCACUGCUCCUCCUCGCCCGUCGGUUCGAGGAGAUUCCGGGUGUCGGCGGUAGCGGCGCCUCCGCUGCGGCGCGAUGCGGUGCAGCACUCGAUGCCGCCGGAGAAGGUGGAGGUGUUCCGGUCGCUGGAGGGGUGGGCAACCGGGGCGCUGCUGCCGCUGCUGAAGCCGGUGGAGCAGUGCUGGCAGCCGACGGACUUCCUGCCAGAUUCCUCCAGGCCGAUGGAGGAGUUCGAGGAGGAGGUGCGGGCGCUGCGGGCCCGCACGGCGGAGCUGCCCGACGACUAUUUCGUGGUGCUGGUGGGCGACAUGAUCACGGAGGAGGCGCUGCCGACGUACCAGACGAUGAUCAACACGCUCGACGGCGUGCGGGACGAGACGGGAGCGAGCGGGAGCCCGUGGGCGGUGUGGACGCGGACGUGGACCGCGGAGGAGAACCGCCACGGCGACCUCCUGGGCAAGUACCUCUACCUGUCCGGCCGCGUCGACAUGCGCAUGCUGGAGAAAACGGUGCAGUACCUCAUCGGCGCAGGCAUGGACCCAGGGACGGAGAACAACCCUUACCUCGGCUUCGUCUACACCUCCUUCCAGGAGCGCGCCACCUUCGUCUCCCACGGCAACACCGCCCGCCUCGCCAAGGAGCGCGGCGACUCCGUGCUCGCCCGCGUCUGCGGCUCCAUCGCUGCCGACGAGAAGCGGCACGAGAACGCCUACGCGCGCAUCAUCGAGAAGCUGCUAGAGCUGGACCCGGACGGCGCCGUGCUCGCCAUCGCCGACAUGAUGCGCAAGAAGAUCACGAUGCCGGCCCACCUCAUGGCCGACGGCCGCGACCCGCGCCUGUUCGACCACUACUCGGCCGUGGCGCAGCGGCUCGGGGUCUACACGGCGGCCGACUACACGUCCAUCGUCGAGUUCCUGGUGGAGCGGUGGAGGCUGGAGAAGAUGGAGGCAGGGCUCAGCGGGGAGGGUCGCCGCGCGAGGGACUUCGUCUGCGGCCUGCCGGCGAGGAUGCGGCGGCUACAGGAGCGGGCGGAGGAUCGUGCCAAGGCGGCGGAGCCGAGGAGAGUAAAGUUCAGCUGGAUCUUCGACAGGGAGGUGACCAUAUAAUGAAUGCAGAGUACACAAUAGAGAGGUGACCAUAUCUGUAUCAAGCCCAGUCUGAAUGAAACUAAAAUCGAUCUCCAAUAUAAACAAAACCUCUUCAUUGAGAGCCAA